AUGCAGAUUUUUGUCAAGACUUUGACUGGCAAGACCAUCACCCUUGAGGUCGAGUCCAGCGACACCAUCGACAAUGUCAAAUCCAAGAUCCAGGACAAGGAGGGCAUUCCCCCCGAUCAACAGCGCCUCAUCUUUGCCGGCAAGCAACUCGAAGACGGCCGAACUCUGAGCGACUACAACAUCCAGAAGGAGAGCACUCUGCAUCUCGUCCUCCGUCUCCGUGGAGGCAUGCAAAUCUUUGUCAAGACUCUGACCGGCAAGACGAUUACUCUGGAGGUUGAAUCGAGCGACACCAUCGACAACGUCAAGAGCAAGAUCCAAGACAAGGAGGGUAUCCCACCCGACCAGCAACGUCUGAUUUUCGCUGGAAAGCAGUUGGAGGACGGUCGUACGCUCAGUGACUACAACAUUCAAAAGGAAUCCACACUCCAUCUUGUCCUGCGUCUUCGUGGUGGCAUGCAAAUAUUUGUCAAAACUCUGACUGGAAAGACAAUCACGCUCGAGGUAGAGAGCUCAGAUACGAUCGACAACGUCAAGUCGAAGAUUCAGGACAAGGAGGGCAUUCCACCGGACCAGCAGAGAUUGAUCUUUGCCGGUAAGCAGUUGGAGGAUGGCCGAACACUGUCAGACUACAACAUCCAGAAGGAGAGUACUCUUCAUUUGGUGUUGAGACUGCGUGGUGGCCAGUAA